CGUUAAUAUGGUUCAUUACAGUCGAGCCGCGUCUAGGAUUGUCCUAGUUCUAAUUUUCAUCACCUGCUUUAAUAUUUUGGGUGUCUUGACUGUUGACGACAACUUGGAAUUUGGGAAUAAUGACAGUUCAGUCUAUACCCCUCAUGGGCCACUGGUCCUGUGCCAUUUUUUGUCCUUGGAUUUCGUGGAUUGUGACGAACCUGUAGACUUGAAAGGGAACAAGACAGCCAAAGAUGAACUAGGGUUUGGAUGCUUAAAGAUGGGAGGCCAAAGGUAUGAAGAUGUUGAAAAGACCAAGGUGGAAUGUACUGUGCUUCCUGGCAUUGAAUGCUAUGGUGAGCGAAAGUUUCUAAAGGACGGUUUUCCUUGUGUCAAAUAUACUGGCCACUAUUUUACAACCACUUUGAUCUACAGUAUCCUGUUGGGAUUUCUGGGCAUUGACCGAUUCUGUUUGGGUCAGACUGGCACUGCAGUUGGAAAACUUUUAACUCUGGGAGGAGUAGGCAUCUGGUGGAUCGUUGAUAUUGUUCUGCUGGUCAGCGGCGGACUGACCCCGGAAGACGGUUCAAACUGGGUUCCUUACAUGUAAAAAUACUUCUUGUAAUUUCUUUUUUCUUGUACCAACAAAGUUUGUGAUACGACGUGUACAAAUUACUAAAUAAUUAAAUUUCAUUACACAAAAAAAUGGAAAACUC